GUUGUGGAUGUAUUUUUUUGAACCCUAUAUAUAAUGGCGGUAUACAUAACUAAAUCAAUGCUCUCUAAAUUCAACAAAGCCAAUUAUCCUUCUACUUUCAGUAAUGAAGACGAUGGCAGUAACAACAGUGAUCACUGGCAAAAACUUGUAGCCGACUGUAAGAAGACUGUGCGCCUGGAAAAAGAUAUGAUAUGUCGAAUCUGUGCCAAAGGCGGCUGCACACCACUAACUGAAAAGGUCUUCGAUUACGACAUCAUGAGUGCCAUAAGAAGUAUAACAAAUGUCUCAGUUUCAGCUGAUGAUGCCUUGCCUAAAUACAUAUGCUCUGUAUGUCUGUACAACUUAAAGACAGCACUAACAUUCAAAAAGAAUUGUGAGGCUUCAGACCGAAAGUUCCGUAAGAUUCUACAUCCCAUGGGUGACCCAACAUUCCACACAUAUCCAUAUUCUAAACACGACUUCCAAUUGAUCCUCCAUGACAUGAAGAAGAAAAGAAUGAAGAUUGAUGAAGCGAGAAACAGGGAGCUGAAGAAACGGGAGAAGGUUUCCAUGAAGAAAGCUCCAAGGAUUAAGCAAUUCAAAUGCUCACCCUGUGACAUGUCUUUUCCUGAUAAGGACAAGUUAAUGGAGCAUCGUCGCGAACGUCAAUGCAUGCGGCGCGCGUGCGAGCUAUGCGGCCAACUGGUGCUGUCCAUCACUCAGCAUAUGCGGCAAAUUCACAAGCAGACUGUGCCGCAUAAAUGCAACAUUUGCGGCAAGGAGUUCCCGAUCAUUGCGCGCCUUAAGAAUCACAUGAUGGUCCACACGGACACGUUCAACUUCUACUGCGACCUGUGCCCGUACAAGUGCAAGCACAAGUACUACCUGGUGAUGCACAUGCGCACCCACACGGGCGAGAAGCCGUACAAGUGCGCGCAGUGCCCCGCCACCUUCGUCAACCCCUCCAACCUCAACAAGCACAAGCUCACGCACCAGGAGAAACAGUUCAAGUGCAUGUUGUGUGAGAAGGCGUUCCGCACCAACGGGGCGCUGCGCGACCACCACGAGGCGGCGCACAUGAACAUCAAGCACACCUGCAACUACUGCGGCCGGGAGUUCUGCUACAAAUCUGACCUCCGCAAGCACGAGAUACGCAACCACAACCGCACCAAACGCGACUACAUCGGCGGCGAGCCCUCCUACAAGCAGGUCGAGCGCAUGCAGAAAAUCCAAGAGAGCGCCGACGAGAUGGGACAAUGGCGGCCAGAAAUCGUGGGCCAACCCACCACGAUCGUGCAGGCCGCCUACAUAGACCCGGCCACGGAGCUACAGAACAACCACCAGUUGUACUUCGCCGAUGUCACUGGGAUGAUACAGCAGCAGCCGACUAUGGUGCAACAACAAACCGUGCAGCUGGCCUUGCCUGACUUGGAUAUGAAAAAGGAUGAAGUGAAAAUCUAUGAAGCACAAGGAAUGGCAUACUACUAGUAACAACUUUAUACAUAUAGUGAAAUAAAUAUUAGUCUACUCUUAAUAGAAUUGGCGUAG